AGGCAGGAUCAUGACAGACCCGUGUUUUGUGUACAAGCGCAUGGCCUUGUCUUUGGGCCAUGUGCUUGUGUUGUCUCGUUCCCUUGCCCCGCCCCCCUUGUUAACCUAGUCGUGUCUUGAUUGUCCUAUCUGUAACACCUGUCGUGUCUUGAUUAGUACCCCUAUUUAGAUCUCCUAGUGUGCUCUGUCUUGCGUCGGUUCAUUGUCAUUGUGAUUGUACCUCAACUGAGUUCUACAAUUGUGAUUGUGUGUGAGAUUGUGCUGUACCCGCUGAAGUCCUUGUAUUACCGUGAGUGUUUAUAGUUAGUAUUUAGAGUCCUUGUUUAUCUUGUCAGUCCAGUCCUGUUUUAGUUAUUUAGUCUUUACCUUGCUCCGUGUUUUCCCCCUCGUGGGUUUUGUUUUCCCCUUUUUGUAAUAAACCCUUUGUUUGAGAAUCCCUGUCUGCACCUGAGUUCCUCCCUUACCAAUACCUGACAGAAUGAACCGACCACCAAGGAACUCAGCAGACAGGAGGCAAUGCUGGAUGGCAUCAGCCAGCCAGCGAGAUUGUUUUGAGGGCUCUCGCCUUGUGGUGUUCCGGGGGACCAGGGGAGGUCGUUCCGGAGCGAGCGGGCGAGAGGAGGAGCCCCAGAGGUCCCCACCUACCCAGCUGCCGGCGAUCCCGGAGGGUCGUGUCCUGGCCGUGGCAACCCUGGGGGGUCAGGCAAGCCCCUCCCAGAGUCCUGAGGUGCCCUCCUCAGCCGGCAGUCUCCCCAUGAAACGAGGGAGACGGUUUUCAUGGGAGUCAACUUCUGAGUCUUCGGCGUCCGAGACUGCCCUGCCCGAGACCAAACUCCCCCAACCCGCCUCUGACCCAGCUGUGGCCUCUGCACCGCGCCCAAGGAGGAAGAGGAGGAAGAGGGGGCCUGCCGGUCCUGUGACCCUGUCUCCUCCCGUGCCAGCAGCGGAGAGCGCUGGCGUGCCCGUGCCAGCAGCGGCGAGCGCUGGCGUGCCCGUGCCAGCAGCGGAGAGCGCUGGCGUGCCCGUGCCAGCAGCGGUGGGCGUUCCCGUGCCAGCAGCGGAGAGCGCUGGCGUGCCCGACCCAGCAGCGGUGAGCGUGCCCGAGCCAGCAGCGGAGAGAGCUGGCGUGCCCGUGCCAGCAGCGGUGAGAGCUGGCGUGCCCGUGCCAGCAGCGGUGAGCGUUGGCGUGCCCGAGCCAGCAGCGGUGAGCGUGUCCGAGCCAGCAGCGGUGAGCGCUGGCGUGCCCGAGCCGGCAAAGAAGAGGGCAGUAUGCAAGUCGGCAGUCGUGAGAGCGCAGGAGAGUGCCGCGGCCGACUCUGCAGCAAAGACUUUAGUUCAGUGUAUCUCAUCUCGUAAGGAGAUGCCAAUUGUCUUAGCGGCUAAAGCCUUUUCUGAUUAUUUGUCUAGUCUUGUCCGUAUCCUAGAAGUCCCCGUCAGUCCUGUCUUGUCCUCAGACCCUGUCCCCAGAAAUCCCGAGUGUCCUGAUGUCGUCUCCCCGUGUCCCGUAGAUGUCGUCUCCCCGUGUCCCGUGAAUGUUGCCCCGUGUCCCGUAGAUGUCCCGUGUCCAGUAGAUGUUGUCGUCCCGUGUCCAGUAGAUGUUGUCCCCCCGUGUCCAGCUGUCGUCUCCCCGCGUCCCGUAAGUCUUGCCCCGCGUCCCGUAAGUGUUGCCCCGCGUCCCUUGUCUGCUCCUAUCAUGUCCCCUGUCAGUUGUCCCGAGACCCCUCCCCGCCCCUCACCACCCAGACCUGCCCGUACCCCCCGUCGUCAGCCUUCGUCCUGUCCUCCUAAAACUCCUGCCCCACCCACUCACCCUGGUCUGUCCCCCAUGAACUUUGUGGUCCCGCCUCCUCCCCUUCCCUGUUUGUUUUUUUUUAUUUGUCACCCUAACCCUGCCGUCGUGUAUUCAUGUCUGCCUUUGUUAUUAUUUGUCAUGUCUUGUUGGUUUGUGUCGGUGUCCCAGUCUGUCAUGUCAGUCGUGUCCCGUGUUUGAUGUUCCCUUGAGGAGCGUCUGGAAGCCGCUCCUUAAGGGAGGGGUUCUGUCAUGAUUCUGCCCUCGUGUCCUUGAUUUUUCCUGGUCUUGAGGCAGGAUCAUGACAGACCCGUGUUUUGUGUACAAGCGCAUGGCCUUGUCUUUGGGCCAUGUGCUUGUGUUGUCUCGUUCCCUUGCCCCGCCCCCCUUGUUAACCUAGUCGUGUCUUGAUUGUCCUAUCUGUAACACCUGUCGUGUCUUGAUUAGUACCCCUAUUUAGAUCUCCUAGUGUGCUCUGUCUUGCGUCGGUUCAUUGUCAUUGUGAUUGUACCUCAACUGAGUUCUACAAUUGUGAUUGUGUGUGAGAUUGUGCUGUACCCGCUGAAGUCCUUGUAUUACCGUGAGUGUUUAUAGUUAGUAUUUAGAGUCCUUGUUUAUCUUGUCAGUCCAGUCCUGUUUUAGUUAUUUAGUCUUUACCUUGCUCCGUGUUUUCCCCCUCGUGGGUUUUGUUUUCCCCUUUUUGUAAUAAACCCUUUGUUUGAGAAUCCCUGUCUGCACCUGAGUUCCUCCCUUACCAAUACCUGACAAA